UGCACAGUGUUGGUUUUCACGCGAUCCUGGGGCGGAGAAGGGAGGGCCAGCUGUGACCCCGGGUUCGGGGACUGAGCGCCUGGCACUUUGCUGGGGUCAGAUCCACCCUGCGCGCCCCGGGCCGGGUGGCGGGCCUGAGAGGAAGCCUGGGCAGACGAGGGUCUUGCUUGGCAGGAAGCAGGAGAGGGUACCAGGCCACUGCCUUCCCGGGUCGGGGGGGGGAGUACCAUCCGCCCCAAACUUUCGCAGAUCUGAGGCGUUAGGAAGGACGAGCCGCAGCCACCCCGCCCGCGGCGCGCCCAGCUGUGGCGAGGAGGAGCUGGACACGGGCGGUCCCCACGUCGCACCCACCCGCCCUCGGAGGCGCCACCGCUCGGGGCACAGCUCAGGCGACCACCGAAGCAGCCAGAUCGCUGGCUUUCCGCGUGAGCGGGGCUCUGAGGAAGGAGGGCGCAGCGCGGGUCCAGGUGCCGGCAGCAGGGACCGCCCAGCCGGCGGGUGGCGGGGCCGUGCCCUUGGGCGCCAACGCCGGCGACACACGGGCUCCGGGAGAAGUGAGCGCGGAGACUCUACGGGUCACAGAAGUCCGGUUAAAAAGAAAUGUCACAAACCACCCCCAGCGGACAGCGCCCGGAGUCCGGCCGCUGCAAAGCGCCCCGCAGCUCUCCAGGAGGACGACGGUGACAGGCGCGCGCCGAGACGCGGGGCUCCCUCCCGGGGCGCACAGGAGCCGCCUCCCCGGCGCGGGACUCGUGCGCAGUCGCCAGCCGCGGCGCUCGGACGGCGCGAUGAGGCCAGCGUCCCCGGGACCGUCCGGGCCGGGGGCACCCCGCUGACCGCGCGCCGGCCCCGCCCGCCGCCCCGCCCCGCCCCCGCGCCCCUCCCCCGGCGGCUGCGCAUCCAGGGGCGGCGCGCAGCGGAGCGCUCGCCCAGCCCUGUGUGGCGCGCUGGCGGCUGCUCUGGGAUUCACUUUGGUGCGAGCAAGCGUUUCCCUCCCUGGCCUCUCCUGAGGGCUCCAUCCGGACUCUGCUCUAGCAGGAAAACUUUACUGUGCUUGCUUUUCCCCCUUGGAGGAGAGGAUCAAAGUUCGACGAGCUGGUGCCUCCCAGGCGACAGGAGGGCGUCCGCCGGAGGGGUCCCCAGCCCCACCAUGUGCACCAACAUAGUUUACGAGUGGCUGAAAGCGCUGCAGCUCCCGCAGUACGCGGAGUCCUUCGUGGAUAACGGCUACGAUGACCUGGAAGUGUGCAAGCAGAUCGGAGACCCGGACCUGGAUGCCAUCGGGGUGCUGGCGCCCGCGCACCGCCGACGAGUGCUGGAGGCCGUGCGCCGUCUGCGGGAGCAGGACGCCGCCGCCGCCGGCCUCUACUUCACCCUCGAGCCGCAGCCCGCUUCGCCACCAGUGGACUCUGUCCCGGCCGGCCGCCGGGGGGAGCCAUGCGGCGGCACGUCCCAGGGCACCCGCGGGGACCCGCGCACCCAGACCACCGCCCCCCGCAGCAGGGAGCUGGUGAGCUACCCUAAACUCAAGCUGAAGAUCAUGAUCAGGGAUAAGCUAGUCCGUGACGGCAUCCAUCUCAGCAAACCCCCGUACUCCCGCAAGGUCCCCAUGGCCGGCAUCCUAGAGUACUUAAUGAAUUGGCCGAAGUCAUCACAGAACCGCUAGAUAUCAUUUUUGAGAACUCGUGGAGGACUGAUGAGGUGCCUGAAGACUGGAAAAGGGCAUAUGUAGAACCUUCUUUCAAAAAGGGAGAUGCAUGGUGACCUUGGAAAUCCUCAUCAGCUUAACUUUUUGCUUGGAAAAUUUCUGGAAUGAUCAACUUAGUAACCUGGGUAAUGACUUACAAGAGCUAGAAAUAAGGCACCAAAAUGUCACACGGAAAGAAGCGCUGAGUUCUUUUACCAAAGAAUAUGCUGUCAUGACAUACGGUCUCUUGGGAUUCUCCCCUUCAUUUUGUGAUAUUUCGUGGCGAAAAUAGAUGAGGUGGCUAAAGCAUUUGGAUAAUAACUAACUUUAAGCAUAAUCCAAGAAAGUGGGUGUCUGACAUCAAUUAGAAAUUAUGUCAUUUCCAAAUUAGUUUUUAUUUCGCAAAUGGUAGCUUUAAUUCUGUUUUAAUAUACAUAUUAUUUUACUUCAUAUAGGACUCUGUUUCAUUAAGUUCAUUAAUUUCGUAUAAUUCUAUGUAGAGUGGUGAAGGAAUUCAUAUUAUGGGGUGCUUUUCAUAGUUAUUUCAUAUAGAGGCACAAUCAUAAUGCUGACAAAUUAAAGAGCAUCACCAAGGAUCAUCAUCCCACUUCUUUGUAAAAACUUGAUCUGGCUGACGUUUGUUGGGAAGACUGAUGGAGUGUCAAGGUCUGACAUACACUGAGCAAAGGCCAGCUGUUUUACUUCCCAGGGGUUGCUCCUCCCUGGUGGGGACUGCCCCAGCCCCAGCCUCUCCUGGGCUAGUGCCUUAUCUGCCUCCUACCUCACUACUGCAGCCUGGGGAAAGGCAGGCAGUUGGCUCAGAAGCCCCACCUACCCACAAGUCACUGGGAAGGAGGAUAAGUGGGGGGAGGUUAAAGUGAAUUUGGAGUUUUCCUAACUGCUAUUUCCUUUGAGUAUUAGUAGUUUUCUUUUCUGCUUAGAAAACACAGCCAUGCUGAUGAGAUCAAAACAUAGUUGAAGGGAAGUCAUAAAAGGAAGAUACAGGUAAUGCAAUGCAUUUCUGGAGCUGGCAAACUUUGAGAGUCUAGAGGGACAGGAAUCUGGAGUUCUCACUACCUAGAAGUAUAUGAAAAAUAUAAAUUCACAUCAGCACUGUCAUGGACAAGGAUAGGAAACUCAAAGGAAAAAAACUCCUAUUCGUCCUGUCCUCUUGGUGCCCGAAAGGAAUUAGAUUGCUAGAAGAAAUCUUAACACAAUGCUGUUUUUAAAAUUUAAGAUUAGAGUUAAUUUAGGCACUGAGCAAAAUCCAUCCGUUAAAUUCAAAUGUAAGGAAAUUAAAUUCUGAAAGUAUUAAACCAUCCUAACUUGCAUUUUUUAAGGAUUAUAUUCCAGUCAACUCUCAUCACUUUUUUAAAAAGUGAAACAGUAUGUUUCAAAUUUCUAAGUUAGAUUGUUGAAGGGGUGGGGGAGUCUGUGUAGAUUCCUGAUGCAGUUUAUUGUGAUAAUAAAUGGCUUCCUGUUUGAGACCUCAUUUCCAGGUGCAGUCCGGUGGCAGAUUUAUUUCACAGAUGUACAUCUGCAUGCGUUUGUCGAGCUGUGGCUAGAAGAGAUCCCAUCUCUGAAAAAUCUAUUAUUUUUACUCCAGGCAUUAUGAUGCAAUCUUCUGUAACCAAAAAAUGGCCUUUAGAUUAUUUCCAGUUUUGUUUUCCAUUUGAGUAAUGUGUAACCUCCAUUAUUUUGUCAAAUUUAAAUCUCUCUGUGUCUGCAAUUGGAAUUUGAAGUCAACAAGUCUACUUAAAUUAAGGGUCACAAUUUUGAACAGCAGAAUAGCUAAGAGACCUCAUAGACUUCUUAGUUAAAGCUGGAGGAAGAAAACUUCAAAUAAGGACACACUAAAGGAAGCCUGCUAGACCUUUACAUGAAAUUAAGAUUAGGUGAGACAUAAAAUAUAAGAAGAAACUCUUCUUACUAUGAAUUGCAGAGUUAAUUUUAAUUAUUCUUAAGAAUAGUUUUUAGUAUUUUUUCCUUUUAUCUAAAUGCCGGUGAGAUCUUUAGUAUUAGAAGGAAGUGACAAUUGAAUAAGGAACAAAAAUGUUACCAAAACUCUAGUCUGGAUCAUCUUGAUUUGUAUUUCCUAAAACAUUAAGUGAUUAAUUAUGAACACUUACUUUCUAAAAUUUAGGAGUUUUGAGGAUUAUAGCAAAAUUUUCACAUUUAAAAAUUUGGGGGGGUGGGAAGAAAUUUUAUUCACAUAAAAUUCUUCUCAAUUUUAUAAUAAUUUUAAGGGAUCUUUUCAUACCAGUGGGGAGAUGAAACCAGAAAUCUUGGAAAAAAAUAAAUCUAUGGCAACAAAGGCGAGUAGCUGGUAAGUCCAGGAGCUCAGACAGCUUCUCAGUCGACAGACAUUUAUAGCUCCUUGGGGUUAGCAUUGCAAUAAGCAUUGCAUUUUCACUCUGGAACUACUAAGAUCUUAGAUUAAAUUCUAGAAUUAUCCUAAAUGUAUUUUCCUGUGGUGAACCUGUUAAAAAUAUGAGCUGUAUUGUAACUUGGGGAACCAUCUCAAGCAAUUAUGAAACCUCCUAAAGCUUCUUUUCCCUUGUCCAUGAAAAGGGAAAAAUAAAUACUUCUGGUGUUUCUUAGGAGGCUUAUGACUUUAAUAUUUUCUACCCAUUUACAGUUUUUGGCCUAGAUCUGGCAUUUGGUAGGUGCUGACCGCCUCUUCCUUCCUUUCCUUUUUUUUUUUUUAAUCGGUACCGGGGAUCAAGCUCAGGACCACAUGCUUGCAAGGCAGAUGCUUUUGCCAAUCUUUCCUUUCCUGACAUUUAGUCUUAUUCCUCAUGUCCUCUUAGAUGAAGAGAUUACCUUAAAACUGACGAGAAAACACAGAUAGAUCAACAUCCCCUGCUGAUGCGUCAGGCCCACUGAGUAAGGCCUCUUUGCUUCCUUUUAGGAAGAAUUUUUUUAAAGGCUAUGGUGUCUGCUUUUGGUAGAAGUGCAGUAAACGUCUAGUACCAAAUGAAAAGAAUCUGAUUAAGAAUCUGAUUUUAAAAAACAGCAAUCAAGUUCAUAAAGACCAGAGCUUUUCAGUUCUGGGAAAAUAGUCACAUGAACCCAGAUGAAGCUGUUCAUUUCCAUUCCUGUUUUUAUAGCAGUGUCAGAUUUAUAAAUUCAAGGUACAAAUGAAUGAGUGGCCCAUGUGCGUUUUCCUCUGAUACCAUGACUAUGAUUUGCAGAGUAGGAGUGCAUAUGGGCUUUCCAUGCAUAGCUGCUCCUGGGAUGAAUCCAGUGGUGAGAUCACACAGACUACGGUGGAUCAGCAAAGUCUUCCACUGGAAGAGAAACCAGCCAUGCCACUGACUGGGAAGCACCUGCUUGAGAAUUGAGAUCAGGGUGUAUGGAUUAUUCUCUGUUAAGAACCUUGAAUGGUAUUAACAGAUCCUUUGUAUGGGGGCUUGAAGAAGAACAAAAAUAGAAGUUAAAAAAGUGUUGGAUAAAAUACCUAACUUACACAAAUUCUUACAUGUAGUAGUUAAGUAGGAUCAAACUCUCCUGUUGAAGAAUAUCGAGUAUCACAGAAUUCUUAGUUAUGAUCUUCUGAUAACUUUGACUAAAGCCAUCACAGGGCCACACAUAGGUGUUUUAUUCAAUAAAGUAAAACAAAAAAUUGUGGAGAACCAAGCAAAUCAGUCUGGCUUUCUUUUUUGAGAAUUUUCCAAUUACAUUAUUAUUUCUGUCAGUAGUCAUCAAGUAUAUACCCCUACAACAGGUAUCUUACACUGCUAGAUUCUUUUAUUUAAAAUCCUCUGUGGCUUUAUAUUAUUGACUGCUAAUAAGCAAACUCAAGUAACUUUAUAGUCCAGGAUCAUUAAUCCCUGUUUUACAUAUUUCCAUGAAAGGUAAAAAGGGAAAAUGUGAUAUGUAGCUUAGAAAAAGAUUUUCUUAUUAAAAUAGUUAUGUUCUUUUAAGUUAUUUAAAUAUUGGAAAAAGUUUUGUUUAGUUUAUGGUUUUUGCUAAAAAUAUAUUUUCUUAGAGGGAAACAAGUUGUUAAAUUCAACAUUAAAAGCUGGGAGAUCUUUUUCCUUUUUUUUCUUAAUUUUACCCCCAAAUUUCUUCCACUGGAUGAAAAGGAAAAGGAAAUAAGUCAGCUUCUAAACAUUACAAAAAAUGGGAAAUUGUCUUUUGCAGAUAUAUCCUGCACAUGCCCUUUGAUAAAUGAAAUUUUGCAUAUUAAAUGCUGUGUUGAUGAUCUCAAGGACAAAGUGUAUAUUGAGUGGGACAAAUGUUAGAUCAGUGAGGGGGAACUUUUUAGAGAUGGAGCACCAAACUGUAACUUUAAACUCCUUAUUUAUUGCAAAAUGCUAACAUUGUAAUUAAACCGGAUUACUGUGAUUUUCACUCAGAAGAAAACAAUCACACAUUCACAUCUUUUGUCUUAAAAACACAAUGACAGAGCUUUCAGUGAUAUAAACAGCUUUUUAUUGGAAGGUAAAAGUGCACUUGGCACGCUUGUGCACAAUUAAUGUGAUCUCUGCUGUUGUAUGAAUACUGCUAACUUGUCAAACCUUGUCUGGGGCAACUUGGCUCACCUGCCGACAGUGAGGGCUCAGUGUGCCUGCCGUGGCAUCCAUGCCAAAGGUUCACCACCUGGAGUUAGACCUUUUCUUGUUCAUUGCCCUAUUCCCUAAACUUGAGAGUGUUCUUGAAUCCUCUCUGGAUCAGUAGAGUCAUCAUGCUUUGGGAAGUUCUGCCCAUGCAACUGUAUCUGUUUGGCUGCAUGGGCCUGAACAAUCUUCACAUGUGUGUUGAAGUAGCUAAUAGACUCAUUCUCAUUGGAAAGCUACUGUUUGGUUUUGUACACAUAAUUGCAAAUUGACACUUUUCUCCUCCCUUAUUUUGUAAGAGACUUUAUGGAAGACUCUGAAAGGCUAAAUUGGAACAUGGCUAGGAAACAUAUAAUGUGUGCCUGGGCAGCUCUGUGAUUUGCAAAUUUAUUUCUUACCUUCAAUAAAUGUAGCUUUUACAAGUA